CGGAGUUCCGAGGGUGCUGCUGCUCGCUGCCGCCGCCCUCCCUGCCUCCCUCUUUUUUGUCGCCCCCCUCCUCACGACUAUCCCUGUGAAGGGAGUGUGACCCUUUCUUCCUCGGGGGACCUCAGGCUCUUCUGCGCUUGAUGGUGCCCGUUAAAAAAUAAUAAUAAUAAAAUAAAUAAAAGGUGGGCUUCUCCCCAGAGACCCCCUUCAGGGCACCCUCGAAGCGAGAGGCUGGGCGAGCGCUGGAGCCGUGCCAUUCAGAAAACAACGACAAGAUGGCCACCUUCAAGCUGUUACUGCUAUUUUCUAUGUCUUCCUUGAGCUUCGUUGGUGGAAUAGAUACAGACCAGGAUUUUAGCUGGCAGUUAAAAAAAGUACCUCAGCUUGUGAAGGAAAAGACUUUCUCUCUUGACACUCCUAAAUUUGAAGCAAAUCCACAAUUAGAGCUGAGUGGCGUGUGUGGGAUUGAAUGCCAAAGGACACUGCCGAUGCCCCACCUGUCUGACUUGAAGGAUCUGCUGUCAUAUGAGACGGUUUUUGACAAUGGCACAAGGACCUUGACGGUUGUGAAUGUUCUGGGGGCGGAGCUUGACUCCCCUGCAAACGCCACCACUGCCAAAGUGCCGUCAAGAAUGAAGAGGCAGGUGUACGGCACGGAUAGCAGGUUCAGCAUCUCGGACACACGCUUUCUGACUAACUACCCCUUCAACACAGCCGUAAAGAUCUCCACAGGCUGCAGUGGCGUCCUCGUCUCGCCGAAGCAUGUGCUGACCGCUGCUCAUUGUGUGCACGAUGGCAAAGAUUACAUCAAAGGCAGCAAGAAGCUGAGAGUGGGCCUACUCAGACUGAAAUCCAAAGGCAAUGGCAAGAGGCGCAGGGGAGCCAGGAGGAGCAAGAGGGAAGAGUCAGGGGCGGAGGAGUACAGUGCUGAUGCCAAGCAACCAAAGCAGCGAUCUAGCAGGAGAGCUGGCAGAAGGCAAAAAGCAUCUGGGCUGAACGAGGGAAAACCUGAGGGAAAGCCUUCCUUCCAGUGGACCAGAGUGAAAAGUACUCACAUCCCCAAAGGCUGGUUGAGAGGCGUCGCUGGAGAUGUUGCAGUGGAUUAUGACUAUGCCGUCCUGGAGCUCAAGCGUCCCCACAAGAAGAAAUACAUGGAUCUGGGCAUCAGCCCAGCGAGCAAAGGGUCGCCUGGGAGCAUGAUCCACUUUUCUGGAUAUGACGCUGACCGACCAGGCCAGCUGGUCUAUCGGUUCUGCAGUAUCUCAGACGAAUCCAGCGAUCUCUUCUACCAGUAUUGCGAUGCUGAGUCUGGCUCUACUGGAUCAGGAAUCUACCUGCGCCUUAAAGAGCCAAGCAAUAAUAAAUGGAAGCGCAAAAUUAUUGCCGUGUAUUCCGGUCAUCAGUGGGUGGAUGUUAAUGGAGAACAGCAGGAUUACAAUGUGGGUGUUCGAAUCACUCCCCUCAAAUAUGCCCAGAUAUGUCUCUGGAUACAUGGGAACAAUGCGGACUGUGCUCAGGGCUGAUGCCACCUAAAAUCCUCUAAUAUCAGUGGCGCUAUAUAAAAAAGACCUACAACAGUAAAUGCAGAACACACAUUUAGUUGGGUCUGAUUAUUUUAUCUGAACUUGAAACCAGCCGGUCCUUUCUGAUAUACUGAGGAACUGGAAACAUUUACAUAGGACUUAGCAGUCGUUUCCUGCCCCGCCCCCCAAUUGUUUAAAUUGACCGCAGACCAUCGGUGAAGGUGCACUUAAAACCUCAAAUUGUAUUACUGUAUUUAUUUUUGUUUCUUUGUUUUGGUGUGUUUAUUUUUUGUGGUACGGUAAAUUUGAGUCAUUACUAUUUGACAAUAUAAAUGAAUGGCUCCUUUGCUGGUUUGCAUUUUUCAAGAGAAGCAUCUCCUCUUAUAACUGGUACUAUUAUAAUCUAUGAUUGUUUUGUUUUCAGCUUGUUUAGUUGUCUCAGGUUACUGCUGCAGUAAGCAUUUUCCUGUGAUGCAGGCUGCCUGUUCAUUAUUGUACAGUACCAAGUUGUGAAACACUGGGAUGAGACAAGAAACAAGCUCUCCCUUAGGACUUACUGUAGGGGAUACCUCUUUGGGCUGGCCUGCCUCUGCCAGAAGCAGAGCUUGGAGACGUUCCUUUUCUUGCACUACAGCGUUGUAGUCCGACGAAAGGAUGUUUCUAAGCUUGACUGUCAAGUUAGCUUAUCCUUGAUCGUAUGAAAGACACACAAAUACCAUUUUUGGGGUGGAGCUUGAUGACUGUACAUGCCCUCUAUUUUGGGGGAAAAUUAGGAAAGGGGGGACUAAUUUAAUACUUAUAAAUCAAAUUUUAGAAGAGGUGCAAAAAUGGGAAGUGUGACAUGCGCACUUGUUUCAGCCAUUGACUGUCCGGAACACAUCACUGGCUAUCAUUAACUGUCACGAGUGACAUCAUUUUUCACAAGAGCCUAGAGGGACAACUGCUCAUGCUAGUUUGGAAAACGAUACAGAUUUAAGCAUGCCAAAGAUCUGUAGGAUUGUUUCAAUCAUUCUGCCUGCAGAGUUCAUAAGAGUUAUCCCUUCAGGGAUCGUUGCAGUCCCAGGGGAGGCCAUGUACUGUACACUCUUGAUGGUGAGGACAGCCUUGCAGAGGGGAGGGGAGCUCCAUUCUCUUGUUAGGAAACAAAUAGAGCUGGGCCUUGAUGGGAAUGGGAAAGCCUGUAUAAUCAGGGGAACAAAUCACUAAUAGAUGACGACUUUGGUGCUAGGAUGUAAUAGUUUACAAAAGUCUAGUCCAUCUUUCCUCAGUUAGAAUAAUGGCAGGAGUGGGCACAUUAUGGGCACUCACCACCACCACCCCUGUUUCUGUAAUGGAUUCCCCCAACUUUGAUUUAUGGAAGGGUCAGUUGUGGUGACAGUCCUCAGAUAAAUCAAAAAUUACCACAGCAAACAUGUUUCAGUGUGUACAGAAUAUGUAGCUUAACUAAUGUGUACAGAAUAUGUAGCUUAACUCUUAUGUAAAUAUAUUAAAUGCCUUAUUAAUGUAGCAAUAAGCCUAUUGGGUUCAUGUCAAUUUUGAACCUCAGAUUUUUAUUAGAAAAGCAUUUUAAAUGAGUUUAAAUAUUGAACAUUUACACAUUUCUGUCAUUUAAAAAAAUUGUAUCAACCGAGCUUCCUUCUUCAAAUAUAUGUACAUGAAAGCUAUCUGUGACAAAAUUGUCAGAUAACAAUAAGAUGCAUAUUCCAGGUCAUAUGUGCUUGGAUUUACAUAAUGUAGAUUUUACUUGCAAUGAUCACAAAACUGUGGAGGAAAAAGCAAAGAUUUUAAACUAUAUAUCUAUAUAUGUGGAUCGUUAUGUCUUUGAAAGCACCUCCCUGCCAUAUGUAAAUGAAGUAUUCUUAAAAAAUAAUGUUGCAUGGGAUUGUUUGUGAGUCAAUGGUAAAUUUAAUACCUUCAAAGACAUUUUUCUUAUUUCUGUUAUUGCGACUUGUGCUUUUGAAAGCAUCCUAAACAAAAUUGAAAUCUGUAAUGAAAGUUCAGAGCACUUAUCCAAAAAUACUCUCGUUUUAAAUUGUUGAUGUUGUUUUUUUAAGCCCUCAUUUUGAAAGACAUCAAAUAUACAAAGUUGUUCUCAAAAGCAUGACAUCAGUAAGAGAAAUAUAAAGCCACAUUCAAAGGUAGACCAGAUAAAAGUGUUUUUUUUUUCCUAUUGCUUCAGUAGGAAAAUAACAUAAAAUAAUUUAGAACAACCUCUUUUCAGUUCAUUAAUCUAAAAUAUUUUCCUUUUAUUGAGGAAUGAAAGCAGUGGGGGAAAAUUUGUGGUAUACUUGAUAUUGCUGAACUCCAGUGCCCAUCAGACCUAGUCAGCAUAGCAAAUCAUUGAGUGACGGGAAUUAUAGUCUACUGACAUUUGAAGGUCCACAGUAUUCUCAUCUCCUCCCUAAAAUAUUCCUAAUGAAAAUAAUUACAAUAUAAAUAUGAGCUUUAAAAAAAAUUAAAAGCUGCACAGAUUUAAAUUUGAGUAUAGCUAUAUGGCUUGGGAAGCCAACAUGAUAUAUAUGUGUUGAAAUGAAGACGUGGUUUGGUUUAUCUUCUAUAUAGUGAGAUUGUUUAUUUUGUGCCUGAUGUAAAAUCAGGGGUGAACAAUUAUGGCUUUCCAGAUGAUUUUGGACUGCAACCCCUUGUAUACCUCAUAUCCAGGUGUGCUGGUUAGGACUAAUGGGAGUUGCAGUCCAAGAACAUCUUGGAAAGAGUUACAAUUGCCCACCUCUUGUGCCAAUUAAUAUCCAUAUUUACCUUCAUAACAUUUAUAAUCUUCAUAUUUAUCUUCACAACAUUCAAGCCAUAUAAAGAAGAACUGGAAACAGUUUUAUAGUACAGUAUAGGCUUCAUAUACGUAAGAAUAAGUGCCAUUUUAUCUAUCCAUGAAGGACUUCUGCUGUAAAUGCCAUCCGUCUGCAAUAAAGAAUGAGCCAUGCGUUCCAGGUGGGGAAUGAGGUUCGUGGCACUGGUUCCUUUGUCUUGCAUUACAAGAGAAGCCAGGACAGUGGACAUGCAAAACACGUUGUGAUGUGGCUGGCAAUUAUCUUGGGUAAAGAUUUAGGUUUAAUGUUUACAGGCCACAAAUUAGUGACAGUGCAUCCUGCUGAAGCUGAUACUAACUGGUUUCCAGAUUUGUUGGCAGAGAAAGGAGCAGCAGCAAGCAAGAGCCAAGUUAACUUAAAUGCGCCUUAAAAUUUAGCAUAGUUAGCCAAGCAUGUUUUCCCUUUGAAAAGAAAUCAAACCCACACCUCUUAGUCAAUGACGUUUUCAGGCUUUUCUAGGUAGAAAAUGAGUUAUCAUUCCCUUCUCCUGGGGCUGCCCUGGGACUGUGCAGCUUGCCCAAAGCCAUAAAGACAAGCAAUUCUGGGAUACAGAGUAGGGAACUGAACCCCGAACCUUUGGCUCAGCACUGAGUUAUCCAGCCAGCUAGGAAAGAUAAUAGGAUUCCUUAUUGCAGCUAGCUAAAGGUUGAAAUAUUGGGAGCCAUGGCUUACCCCUCAGUUCUUGAGAACAAAAGUAAGAUGUUAAGAAGCGAACCAUUGUUUUGAAGAUCUUUUUCGCAACAAACCAACAAGCAAAAGGGACUUGAUAAGUUGAGAAUUCCAGAGCAUCCAUGCAAAGCAGAUAGAUAAACAGACCUGGGUUUCUAGCUCUUAAUUAUUUUGGAGACCAUUCCUGACAAAUUCUCAAGCAAAGCUUUCAGAAAUAUUUAUAAGAUAACUGCUUGGUUCAGAGUCAGAAAGAAAGGAUCUUUGGGUUGAAGUUUACCUCACAUGCUUUAGAGCAGUGGUUCUUAACCUUUGUUACUCGGAUGUUUUUGAACUGCAACUCCCA